UUGUGGUCCCCUUAAGUCCUUUUUAGAGACACACAAUUUCAACAUUUGUAAGCACUAUACAAAUCAACAUGGAAACCUAUCAGUUUCCUAGGUUUGAUGACAACAAUCAAGACUUUCCCAGGUCCUGUAGACACCUAAAUUUGUCCACAGGAUUGUAGAUAUUCUUAUAUCUUUGCUGACCUCAUGUGGAAUAAUGCAGCAGUACUGGGAAGAGUGACAGUCCCAUCUGUGUUUGACAGGACGUUCUCCUAACCUGGACUGGCAACAGGGUAGGAAGGUUUCAACGGUUCUUCUCGUCUCCCCAAAAGCUUUUAAAAUGUGGCUCGUGGUCCUUUCUGUCCCGCUGCUUCCAGCCUUCGUCAUGGUAUCCAGUCGGUAUUGCGUCAAUGUUGCCGCGCUGUGGCACCGAGCUCUGGCCUGGGUGCUGAGGCUGGUGCGAGGAAGUGUGUGUGUAAAGAGCACCCAUGCCUUUGUGUUUUCCAAAUGCACCCACGGCAAAGUCGACAGUGUCCUGGAGACCUUUGACCUUUAUGCCAACACACAACCCUCCCUCUGCAUCAGCCCACAUAUUGGUGAAGCAUUGGAUUCAGUGGUGAGGCGUGUCUUUCCCUUGCGGGUGUUGGAGCUGGGGAUGCACUGUGGCUACAGUUCUGUCCGCCUGCUGCGUCUGCUGCCCUCUGCUGGCAGACUGAUCACAGUGGAGCUGGACCCACUCACAGCAGAGCUAGGGGAGGAAAUCAUACUGGUGGCUGGCUUCAAACACUCCCAGUUCCAGGUGUUGACAUCUAGCUCAGCUGAGGCCAUCUUAACUUUAAGUUCAGUUCUUGAGCUUAAUCAAGAAGCUAGUGAAGGGCUCAAUCUGGUACUGAUGGACCAUGACCCCCAGCAGUACCUUCCAGACCUGCUGGCUCUGGAGAGAGAGGAGCUCCUCUGCCCCUCUGGCUGUUCCAUCCUUCUGAUCUACAGGAACCAAAGAGCCGGAGAUCUCAGAGAAAUCCUGAGUUACAUCAGUGCAAGGGCCGACUGCUACUGCAUCCAAUCAAAGCUUCAUUUCAUGACGGAGAUUUUCUACCAGAGGUAAAGUAUAAGGGUAGAUAGGAUUAGCAGAAAGUAAAGAUGUGGCUAUGUGUUUUCAGGUUGUGUGGACUAUCUCAAUAGUGUUAAA